CCAAUCAGCGCCAGCUUCAUGGUAUGACGUCGGCAAGAUACCAGCGGCUCCAGGAAGUUGGCAGUUUCCUACUGCUGCGUUUUAAAACUAACUUUAAAGUUUGAAGCCUUGAGUUUGGACGAGGAACGGAGUAAUUAUUCCAUUAGUGUGUAUUAUUAUUUUUUAAACUGGCCUCGGAGAUCAACCGUUUUCAACUCUAAAGCAGGCGGACAAGCCGGACUUAAUUUAAGUCGCCACACAUACGACAGAAAGAUGUUAGCCUCGAGUCUUUUGGCUGAUUUCUGUGCCGAGCACCAUGAUGACCAAGCGCUUCCAGUGGACAAAUACCUGGACCAUUUUCAGCUGUCAGAUAAGACUAUAAUGGAUUUGUCGAUACGAUUUCGAAGAGAGAUGGACAAAGGCCUGUGCAGAGACACCAACCCCACAGCCGCUGUCAAGAUGCUGCCCACGUUUGUGCGUUCCACUCCUGAUGGAACAGAGCAAGGUGAAUUCCUGGCUCUCGAUCUCGGCGGGUCCAACUUCCGGGUGCUUCUGGUUAAAGUUAUGGCCAACGGCAAGCAGGAGGUGGAGAUGGAAAAUCAGAUUUAUGCCAUUCCUGAACACCUCAUGAGAGGCAGCGGGUCACAGUUAUUCGACCACAUAGCUGAUUGCCUGGCUAAUUUCCUGGAGAAGUUGGGCAUAAAGGAGAAAAAGCUUCCUCUGGGUUUCACCUUCUCUUUCCCCUGCCAGCAGACCAAGUUGGACGAAAGUGUUUUGGUGUCUUGGACCAAAAGCUUCAAGUCAAGCGGAGUAGAAGGAAAGGACGUGGUCAGCCUUCUAAGGAAAUCCAUCAAAAAACGAGGGGACUUUGACGUUGACAUCUUGGCUGUGAUCAAUGACACGGUGGGGACCAUGAUGACCUGCGGCUACGAUGAUCAUCACUGUGAAAUAGGCCUCAUUGUGGGAACGGGGACCAAUGCCUGCUACAUGGAGCACAUGAGGAACCUUGAUCUGCUGGACGGGGAUGAGGGCCGGAUGUGUGUUAACACGGAGUGGGGCGCUUUUGGAGACGAUGGUUCCCUGGAGGACUUGCGCACCGGCAUUGACCGGGAAAUCGAUGCGGGCUCUCUAAACCCCGGCAAGCAGCUGUUUGAGAAGAUGGUCAGCGGCCUGUACAUGGGGGAACUGGUGCGUCUCAUCCUGUUGAGAAUGACCAAAGAGCAGCUGCUGUUCCAGGGAAAGACCACACCACAGCUGCUCACCACUGGAAGCUUCAACACCAGCCACAUCUUUGCCAUUGAGAAUGACAAGGAUGAGGAAGGUCUGGCGAGUGCGCAGCAGGUGCUGCAGGGCCUGGGUCUGGACCCGUCGGUGGAGGACUGCAGAACCACUCGGCGGGUGUGUCAGAUCGUGUCCACUCGAGCCGCACACUUGUGCGCUGCCACUCUGGUGGCCGUGCUGCGACAGAUCCGGGACAACAAAGCAGCAGAGAAGCUGCGCACCACUAUUGGGGUGGACGGCUCUGUUUACAAAAAUCAUCCAGAGUUCUCCAGGAGGCUGCACAAGAUGGUACGCCGGCUCGUGCCGGACUGCGACGUGCGCUUCUUGCAGUCGCAGUGUGGCAGCGGGAAAGGUGCCGCCAUGGUAACAGCAGUGGCCUACCGUCUCGCCGCGCAACACGCCGAGCGUCAGCGCAUCCUCGACACCCUGCGUCUGAGCCGCGAAAAGCUGCUGGAGGUGAAGAGGCGAAUGAGUGAGGAAAUGGCGCGAGGCCUGUCUAAACUAACGCAUGAGGAGGCGAGUGUCAAGAUGCUUCCCACCUUCGUCAGAUCCACACCAGAUGGAACAGAGCACGGCGACUACUUGGCUCUGGACCUUGGGGGCUCCACCUUUCGGGUGCUGCUGGUGCGACUGAGAAGUGAAAAGGGACACAAUGUUGACAUGCACCACAAGAUCUACAGUAUCCCACAGGAGAUUAUGCAGGGCACAGGGGAUGAACUAUUCGGCCACAUUGUGUGCUGCAUCGGCGACUUCCUUGAGUACAUGGGCAUGAAAGGAGCAUCCAUACCUAUGGGAUUUACCUUCUCCUUCCCCUGUCACCAGAGCAAACUGGAUCAGGGCAUUCUUCUGAAUUGGACAAAGGGUUUCAAGGCCAGUGGCUGUGAGGGACAAGAUGUCCUUACUUUACUUAAAGAUGCCGUCCGCCGCAGACAGGAUUUUGACCUGAACUUUGUGGCGUUGGUCAAUGACACAGUGGGAACCAUGAUGACCUGCAGCUAUGAAGACCCCCAAUGUGAAGUGGGGCUCAUCGUGGGCACGGGGACUAAUGCGUGCUUCAUGGAGGAAAUGCAGAACAUCGAGCUGGUGGAGGGGGAUCACGGCCGGAUGUGCGUCAACAUGGAGUGGGGAGCGUUUGGGGACAAGGGCGAACUUGAUGACUUCUGCACCGAGUUUGAUCGCGUCGUGGACAAUUCCUCUAACAAUCCUGGGAAACAGAGGUAUGAGAAGAUGAUCAGCGGCAUGUACCUGGGGGAGAUCGUGAGGAAUGUGCUGAUAGAUUUCACCAAUAAGGGCUUGCUGUUCAGAGGCAAACUGUCUGAGCGACUCAAGACCCGGUGCAUCUUUGAGACAAAGUUCCUGGCGCAGAUUGAAAGCGACCGUCUGGCCAUGCGACAGAUCCGCUCCAUCCUGCAGCACCUGGGCCUCACGACCUCCACCUGCGAUGACAGCGUGCUGGUGAAGGAGGUGUGCCGCGUGGUUUCAAGCCGCGCCGCCCAGCUCUGCGGAGCCGGUCUAGCCGCCGUGGUCGACAAGAUCCGGGAGAACCGCAACCUGAAUCAGCUGUCCAUCACCGUGGGAGUGGACGGCACCCUUUACAAGACGCACCCUCAUUUCUCCAGCAUCAUGCAGGAGACGUUACAGGAUUUGGCACCACAGUGCCAGGUGACCUUCAACAAGUCGGAGGAUGGGAGCGGGAAGGGAGCAGCGCUGAUCACCGCUGUGGCCUGUAGGAUGAAGAGCGAAGGGCAGCCCUGAAUCGUCCCGGCGGCGGCGGGCCGGUGGAACCAGGGCGACUAACGGCAAGGUCGCCAAACAAUAGUUACAAACUACUUGGCCUGAGUUUAGAGCUUUAGUACUGAAAUGUUGAUUAAACUUUUCUUUGUUUUUGGAAAGAAUAUUUAUUGUGUCAGCUGACACGGUGGAGAAUAAUUUCAGGAAUGAAGGUUUAGCUGGUGUGUUAGAGAAGAGGCUGUUACAGGAUGUGGAGUGUUUUUUUGUUUUUUUUAGACUCCCUCCUUUUUAACUUCAAAGCUGCAGGUUUCCACAUGGCAGGUUUCUUUGAUAGCGGCUGUUAUCUGCGUUGACUAUGAACCGAACUAUAUUUGGGCUAUGUAGUUUCACAUUUUAAUUAAACAUAAAAGUUGAUUAAACAACAGUGGUCAGAAGGUAAAGGCCAAAGCUUGGAGGUUCUUCGAGGUGGGAAAGCGAAGGGUUGAACCAAUGAUGUCUCUUCUCUUGGUUUUUAGACGUUUUAAUUUGGUUUCCAGAACUCUUUUGAAUCACUUUUGAAUGAUAUGUUGUUUAAAAAAUAAAAAGACCACGUACUAUGGA